AUGUCUGUUUGCGAGAAAUACUUCCCAGACGAGCCAACCGAGCCAAAGUUGGUCACUGCCUUCCCAGGCCCAAAGUCCAAAGACGCAGUUGCUUCUUUGGAUAAGGUUUUUGACGCCAGACCAGUGUACUUUGUCGCUGACUACGAAAAGUCUUCUGGUAACUACAUUGUUGAUGUGGACGGAAACGCAUACUUGGACGUCUAUGCCCAGAUCGCCUCUAUCCCAUUGGGUUACAACAACCCAGCCUUGGUUGAGGUUGCCAAGUCUGAUAAGAUGACCAGAGCCAUCAUUGACCGUCCCGCUUUGGGUAACUUCCCAGGCAAGGACACCGAGGAGAUCAUUUCCGAGUUGUUGAAGGUUGCUCCAAAGGGCCAGGACAAGAUCUGGUCUGGAUUGUCUGGUGCUGAUGCCAACGAGUUGGCCUUCAAGGCUGCUUUCAUGUGGUACCAGGCCAAGAAGAGAGGAUAUGCUUCCACGUUCUCUGAGGCUGAGAACGAGUCUGUUAUGAAGAACCAGGCUCCAGGGUCGCCAGAAUUGGCCAUUUUGUCCUUUGAGCGUGCUUUCCACGGUAGAUUGUUUGCUUCUGCUUCCACCACCUGCUCCAAGCCUAUUCACAAGUUGGACUUGCCAUCUUUCAAGUGGCCAAAGGCUCAAUUCCCUUCGUAUGCUUACCCAUUGGAGGCUAACGAAGAGUCCAACAAGAAGGAGGAUGAGAGAUGCUUGGCUAUUGUGGAGGAUCUCUUGAAGAACUGGAAUGUUCCUAUUGCCGCCAUCUUGAUUGAACCUAUUCAGUCCGAAGGUGGAGACAACCACGCCUCUAAUGCCUUCUUCCAGGGAUUGAGAGACCUUACUUUGAAGUAUGGUUCGCUUUUGAUCAUCGACGAGGUGCAGACGGGUGUUGGAGCUACUGGUAAGUUCUGGGCCCACGAGCAUUUCAACAUCACUCCAGCACCAGACAUGGUGACUUUCUCCAAGAAGUUCCAGUCUGCCGGAUACUACUUCCACGACCCAGAGAUCAUUCCUAACGUGGCAUACCGUCAAUUCAACACCUGGUGCGGUGACCCAGCCAGAAUGAUUUUGGCUGGAGCCAUUGGCCAGGAAGUUGUCAAGCACAACUUGGCUGAGCGUGCUGCGCAGGUGGGAGACUACUUGUAUGGCAAGUUGGAAACCUUGUUUGGCAAGUACAGCGAGUUGAUCACGGACUUGAGAGGCAAGAACCGUGCCACCUUCAUUGCUUGGUCGUUCAAGAAGCCAGAGUUGAGAAACAAGUUCUUGAAUGACAUGAAGUCGGUGGGUAUCAACAUCGGAGGCUGUGCUGAGGACUCUGUCAGAUUGAGACCUACACUUGUGUUUGAAGAGAAACACGCAGACAUCUUGGUUGCUGGCAUUGAGAAGAUCUUGUCUGGCUACUAG